AUGGAUCCUAACAACAUUCCUACACGCAAACCCAAGAAGAAUCCAGCUUGUAUCCAAUGCCGUAAAAGAAAAAUUGGGUGUGAUAGAGGUCACCCCAAAUGUGGCAAUUGUAUCAAAUUGAAGAGAGCACAGUGUAUAUAUCCAGAUGAAUUCCACACUGCAAGUGAGUUAUUGAGAGAAAUGGAAAAGGCGUCGCCGUUACAAACUUUAUCCCCAGCAUCUCGUAAUAUUAAUCCAAAUAAACCAACUCUAGUGAAUGGAAAUCAUGUUUAUAUCCAAACUCCAGGUAAUACACCAUCCAAUACGGACCAAAAUAAACUUCAAAUGUUACUUGGCACAACGUCAAUGGAUGGUCCCGUGGUGACUACUGACAGUAUUACAUCAUACUCGAUGCCUCCCCCAUCAACUGUUAUUUCUGCUCCAAGAAAGGUCGUUAAAUCUCAUACGGGUAAGAAUUCUAUGUAUACAUCUUACAUUCCACAAAUGGCGAAUAUUGCGACUUUAGAAAAUGUAAUUCAAUUUAAUACACAAGUUCAUUUGUUAAGAGGAAAGAGGAAACAAUUGGAAGCAUUUAAGAAAUGUGAAACGUCCAUGCACCCUGAAUUGAAGGAAAAAAUAAAAUAUGACUCCAUUAUUACUAAGUUUACGCAACAGGAAGCAUUAGAUAUGGAAAUGAAUUAUUUGAAAGAGAAAUUGAUAGAUAUGCAAAAGAUCCAAAAGAAUCUUUUCUUGUACAAUCCUAAACUGAAAAUUAAGGUGAAGGCGAAAGAACAAAAGGAUGAUGAUGCGCAUGAGGAUCAAGAAAAGGUUAUUGAAAGUAUAGAGGAUGACUUAUUCAAUAAACAAGAAGUCAACUUAUUUUUAUUUUCUAUUCAACCUGUACAAAGUCAACAAUUGUUUUUAAGGGACAAAAUUGAUUCAAUCUUUUCCAUCAACUUUCUGGCUAAGAGGGAUGAAUAUUUAACUGACUUUUACAAUGAUUUGGAAUCAAUGAUAAUAAAUAAGUUUCAAAAUAAUUUGAAUGAGUUGAAACAAUCCUUGAAUCAGAAGCGUAUCUCCCCCAACAUUGUUCCUCUAUCAUCAACACAGAGUAAUAACCCAAACUUCUCCAUUUGGUGGGAAGAAACUCUAAACACAUUAGAAGAUCCUAAUUUAAAGAACAUCCUUGAAUUGAAUGAUGAUAGGAAAAAACUAUAUGAAGCUAUACUUAUAGGUACUGGUAAUGACGACACAGCUUGGGAUAUAACGACAUUAGCCGAGCUGUCCGUUUUACUCCUGAUCCUAAUCCAAAUAACGAAAUUAGAUGGUAAACAACUACCGACAAGUCUCGAGGGUAUGAUCCCUAAGUUGGAGAAUAACGUUGCUGCCAUCAUAUUGAAAUUAAGAAAUUCAAUUAAUCCUAAAUUUUCAAUUAUGAGAUUUGUUAGACAGUGGAAAUAUUAUUACAGAUUACAGUCCGCUCUUCUUCAAAAUGGCAAUGAAAUUGAAGAUCGUGAUGAGGAUCUCUAUUUGGUCUCAUUAAUGGGCGAAGAAGAUAAUACAUCAUUAUUGGUCAAAAAAGUAAUAUCAGAUAAUGUCGAAAGACAUUUAAUUAGGGGCGAAAUGCCCAUGAUACCACCAAUCUUACAGCAGGAUUUGCAUUUAAUAACCCUUAUUGAGGAACUGAAAAACGGUAUAUCCUUAACUGCUUUAACAACUCUUCUGGAAAAAUUCAAUAAGAAUGACCCUAUAGAACUAAAUGGACUCCUAUUUACCCAAUAUUUUCUGUUAAUACACAUUGAGACCUUAGGUUACAUGCAGCAUUUUGAAACUUGCGUUUCAGAUUUAUUGGAUUCCAUCCAAUUAUGUCUUGAUGUUGUAUUACCGAAGUUGAGUCAAUUUCCCUCCUCUGUUGAUAUUUAUUCGCUUAUACUACUCAAUAACCUGCCGUUUAUUAUAUUGGGGUUGUUUCAAAGAUAUAAAUUAAUAAGGCGUCCGCAUACUCAAAUUUGGGUGAGCCUGUUUAAUAAGCUUUUGGCUAGUAUACCUACACAUCUGAAGGGUUUGCGAUCAAGAGUGAAUACCAUGAUUCAAUAUGUGGAGACUGUGGCCAAUAAUCCAAGCGAGUACAAUGGGGAUCAAGGUUUUAAUAAUGGAUUCAUGAAAAUGGAGAAUGAUUUGAAAUUAAAUGAGUUCCAUGAUAGAAUUAUGAAGAUCAGGAUCCCUCAACUCGUGAAUGGGAAUAAUGAAAUGUAUAAUCCGGAUGCUGCUUUCACUUUUGGAAUAACGGAAUCCAAUCUUGGACAGAUAUAUAACGCAUUUUUUACAUAG